AUGGAAGCGGCGGCUUUGGCUGUUAUCGGCGGGGAACCGAGAACAGCCGAGCAACGCUGGCGGAGCACAGGAAUCCGCAGUGGCAGCGCUAGCGUACUAACUGGAGCGGCAUCAACGAAGCUUACGGCAGGGAGAGCAGCAGCGACGAAGCUCUCGGCUGGAGAGCACGAUUUCGCCUUUUGCCACGUGAUAGAGAACCUUGCCGCUCGGUUCUGUCGAGAGGUGACACUCCUCGAGGCCCGCAACUUCUACACCUUCCAGAUGAUGAUUGAGGGCAUUCACUCUAAGAUCCUCCUUCGUAGUAAGCUCUCAGAGGAAAGAGUGCGGUCUAUUGUUGCCGACGCUGUUGAUAUUGAGCGGGAAUUUGUCUGUGAUUCCCUUCCUGUUGCCCUUAUUGGGAUGAAUAGUGAACUCAUGAGCCAGUACAUUAAGUUCGUUGCAGAUCAUCUUCUAAGGGCUUUAGGGUAUGAAAAUAUGUACAAGGUAAGCAAUCCUUUUGACUGGAUGGAGCUCAUCUCGCUGCAAGGAAAGACCAACUUUUUUGAGAUGCUAACCAUGAGUUCAAGCUGGAUGAGGAUUUUUAAGAUGUAG